AUGGCCAUCUUGUUCUUCAAUUCCCUUAUGAUAAAUUUCUUAUUUAUUAUAACCUUUCAUUUACUAAUUCUUCCAUUUGCAAGUUCCAUUAAUUUCAAAAUAACUCGCUUCGAUCCUAGUUCUACCAAUAUUUUAUAUCAAGGUGAUGCAGUGCCUUCUGUUGGAGCUGUUGAACUAAUUAACAAGCUUACUUAUGUAUGUCGUGUUGGAAAGGUUUCUGAUUUCUCAACCCAUUUCUCUUUCAUUAUUGAUGUUCAAGGUCGUUCUGCUUACGGCCAUGGAAUUGUAUUCUUUCUUGCUCCUGUUGGAUUUCAAAUCCCUCCUAAUUCUGCUGGUGGGUUUUUAGGCCUUUUUAAUACGUCGACUAGUGAUUCUUCUCAAAACCAAAUUGUUACUGUGGAAUUUGAUUCAUUUCCUAAUGAAGAAUGGGAUCCUCCAGUAGAACAUGUUGGGAUUAAUAAUAACUCUAUUGCUUCUGCUGUUUAUACUCCUUGGAAUGCUAGUCUCCAUAGCGGAGAUACUGCUGAUGUUUGGAUUAGCUACAAUUCUUCUAGUAAAAAUUUGAGCGUGUCUUGGAACUAUAAAUCCACCUCAAAUUCUCAUGAGAAUUCCAGCUUGUUUUACACAAUCGACUUAGUCAAAGCUUUGCCUGAGAAAGUAACUAUUGGGUUAUCCGCUGCAACAGGCAUAAAUGGAGCUCGGCAUACACUUAAAUCAUGGGAGUUUAGUUCAAGUUUAGAUAUCAAGAUUACAAAUGGAAAUAAGCCAAAGAAGAUUAAAGUGAUUGUUAGUGUUUCGGUCUCAGCUUUUCUUUUAAUAGCUGGAGUGAUAACAUCAAUGGAGAUUUCACAAAGAAGAAAGAAGAUUAUCAGAAGGAGAAAAGCUGAGGCAAUGAAAUUAUCGACAGGCAUAACUUCCAUUAAUGAAGAUCUUGAAAGAGGAGCAGGACCAAGAAGAUUUUCUUAUGAAGAUCUUGUUUCAUCAACCAAUAAUUUCUCUGAUGAGAGAAAGCUAGGAGAAGGAGGGUUUGGUGCUGUUUAUAAAGGGUAUUUAAAUGAAAUAGAUAUGGCAAUUGCUGUAAAGAAAUUUUCUAGAGGAUCUAAACAAGGGAAAAAAGAGUACAUUACUGAAGUCAAAACCAUUAGUCAACUGAGGCAUAGAAAUUUGGUACAACUUAUUGGUUGGUGUCAUGACAGAGGUGAAUUUCUACUUGUUUAUGAGUUCGAAUUUCUACUUGUUUAUGAGUUCAUGCCAAAUGGUAGUCUUGAUUCUCACUUGUUUGGCAAGAAAAAUCCUCUUCCAUGGUCUGUGCGCUACAAAAUAUCACUUGGAUUGGCUUCUGCUUUAUUAUAUCUUCAUGAAGAAUGGGAGCAAUGUGUAGUACAUAGAGAUGUUAAAUCAAGCAAUGUAAUGCUAGAUUCUAAUUUUAACGUAAAACUUGGAGAUUUUGGAUUAGCUCGACUUAUGGAUCAUGAAGUGGGUCCUCAAACAACAGCAAUUGCAGGCACAUUAGGGUAUUUGGCUCCGGAAUAUAUAAGCACAGGAAGAGCUAGUAAAGAUUCUGAUGUUUAUAGUUUCGGAGUUGUUGCAUUGGAAAUUGCUAGUGGAAGAAAGGCGAUCGAUCACAUUGUGCAAAAAAUUGGAAUAAGUUUGGUAGAGUGGAUAUGGGAUCUUUAUGGAUGUGGAAAAUUGCAUUUAGGGAUUGACAAGAGGCUUAAUAUGGAGUAUAAUGAGAAAGAAAUUGAAUGACUAGUGAUUGUUGGAUUAUGGUGUGCACAUCCUGAUUAUAGCGUAAGGACAUCAAUCAGACAAGCAAUUCAAGUGUUGAAUUUUGAAGCUGCAAUUCCAGAUUUGCCUGCUAAAAUGCCUGUUCCUAUGUUUUGUGUGCCUACGCCAUCUAUUAGUUCUACUGAGCCUUCCAUCACUAAUUCUAGCAUUGGAGUUGGUCGUUGA